UCCAGUUCCGCCGCUCCCUUCUUGCCUUUCCCGAACCUGCCCGAAUCGCCCCUCCUCCUCCUGGUCCAGUUCUCCGGGCCAGUGUCAGGCAAGUGGGUAGAGAGCACCAUGGAACCCCUCUUCCUGGCCUCAUUGUGGGAGGAUUUCUAUGGAAACCGGCUGUUCAACAACUUCUCCUUCCCAAAUGGAAGCGGAGUGCCUCCUCACUGGAUCAAUGUGACCCAGGACAUCUUUCUGCCCAUUGGCCUCAGGGUCACCAUCGUGGUGGUCUACCUGGCUGUGUUUAUAGGGGGUCUACUGGGGAACUGCCUUGUCAUGUAUGUCAUCAUCAGACACACAAAGAUGAAGACAGCUACAAAUAUUUACAUCUUUAACUUGGCACUGGCAGAUGCCCUGGUCCUAUUGACUCUGCCUUUCCAAGGCACUGAUGUCUUCUUGGGCUACUGGCCAUUUGGAAAUGUGCUGUGCAAGACGGUCAUUGCCAUCGACUACUACAACAUGUUCACCAGCACUUUCACCCUGACUGCCAUGAGUGUGGACCGCUACAUUGCCAUCUGCCACCCGGUCCGGGCCCUGGACAUUCGCACACCCAACAAAGCCAAGGCUGUCAAUGUUGGCAUCUGGGCACUGGCUUCUCUCAUUGGUGUUCCUGUCACAGUCAUGGGCUCAGCCCAGAUGGAUGAUGAUGAUGAGAUCGAGUGCCUGCUGGAGUACCCCACCCCUGAGAAUUAUUGGCGCUCCGUGUUUGGGAUCUGUGUGUUCCUCUUCUCUUUUGUGAUUCCUGUCCUCAUCAUCUCAGCCUGCUAUAGCCUCAUGAUCCGGCGGCUUCGCAGUGUCCGAGUACUCUCCGGCUCAAGGGAGAAGGACCGCAACCUGCGGCGUAUCACUCGGCUCGUUCUAGUGGUAGUGGCUGUAUUUGUGGGGUGCUGGACCCCUAUUCAGGUGUUUGUCCUGGCUCAGAGCCAGGGAGUCGAGCCUGCCAGUAGAGCUGCGGUGGCGGUCCUGCACUUCUGCAUCGUCCUGGGCUACGCCAACAGUGGCCUGAACCCCAUCCUCUACGCUUUCCUGGAUGAGAACUUCAAGGCCUGUUUUCGUAAGUUCUGCUGCGCAUCCUCCCUACGCCGGGAGCUGCAGGUGUCUGACCGCGUGCGGAGCAUUGCCAAGGAUGUGGCAUUUGCCUGCAAGACUUCAGAAACCGUACCCAGGCCCGCAUGACUAGGCGUGGAACUCCCCAUAAUGCCCACCAGCCCCCAAAGUCCAUCCACACCCAACACAGAACUCACGCAGGUAACAGCUCUGUAGUGGAGCUCUCCUCAGACUCAGUGCUGGGCAAAAGGAUCAGCUGUGGGGCUGGCUACCGCCGGGAUGGCUUUGUGACUGUGACCCUGAGAGGCUGUGGUCUCAGAGCGGCUCUGCCAGGGGCAGAGCUCCAAAACCAGGGGAGGAAGUCCCCGUGGAAACAGACUCAAAAUAAGGGCUGUUUCUGUGGUUGGUCACAGCUGGACCAAAAAUAUGCCUUCCUGGUAUGGUGAGCAGAGGGGCAAUGGGGAGGAAACAGCCUAUGCAGGGCGUCUGGCCCUCAGGCUAAAACUCCACUUAUGAAAACACACACACACAAAUACAAGUACACACACGUAGACGUACAGAGACCCACUAAGACAUUCACACAAUCACACAGACAUGGAAACACACACACUGACACCCAUCCAGGCACACUCAUGGGGAUGUAUAAACAUGAGGACACGUGGAUGGCCAUGAUCUCACAGAAAUCCUUAUGGAGGAUUUGGUUAUUUAUUUUUUACCUUUCAGGGGAUGGAGAGAAAAAUCAGAUGUCUCAGGAUAGAAAAGUGCUUGUAAUGGUGCUGGGUGUCUUCCCAUGCGCUGCCUAUGAUGCUGUUUCCUGGGCCUAGCUGGUCCAGGAUGCCCGAUGAUGCAUCCACAGACCAGGCCCAUUCCUCACCUUUACCAAUCCCUCCUCAUAUGUAAAAUGAGAGCAGAUGAACUUGAUGAUCUCCAAGGUUCUUUCUAACUCUGACAUUCUAUUUCUGUGUUCCCCUGUUCUGUCUCCUUUGGGAUCUUGGGGGAGAACCUAGAUGGAAGGGCUGGAGCCUAAUUGAAUGAGGUGGCAGAGUUCCCCCGGGGAAUGAUCAUGAGGAUGUGCCAAAGCCCAGCUAGCUCUGGGACAGUUCUAGCCGGCCUUUGUGUUGGCCCUCGGGAGCUGCUGGCACUUGCUCCCUUUGGCCCAGGCUUCCAGUCAUCCACCGUGCUCAGGGCUGGAUCAGCCAUGAGAAGAAGGAGUGCCUUUGCUGUUGCCCUGAUUCCAUGUUAUGAGACUUUCCUGAAAUGAGCAGCAGCCAGCAGGGCACAACAAACCGAGAGUCUGAAUGCCCCUGGGAGCCCUGAGCACACUCUCCAGGAGCACAAACAUUUUUCCUAAAUGCUCAGCCCUAGAGCUGUCGGUGUUUUGUGUUUGCUGAUGCUUUGUUACAGCUACUUUCAGCAAACCCUUUUAGUGCAUGGGAAAAGAGCCCGUGCUUCUGAUUUCUGGGCCCCUUUUCAUUCACAGGGUAUGCCCCUUACCUAUUACACACUAAAGACUUCUGUGACUGACCUGUGGCUUACAUGGUGUCCAGGUGCACCAGUAAUGUUGUCCAUCCUUACUGGCAAGACAUAGAAGGGCUCUUAUAAUAUUUUUAUGCUUGGGUCAUAUAUAUUCAGUGUUCUUUCCUCAGCGAUGUAAGGGGGGAAAUGGUGAUGAUUUCUCAGUGAUGAUUUACUUUAAAAGAAGAGAAAUCUAAUGCACAGAAGACCCCACACCAGGGUGCUUGGCACAUGCCAGGUGAUUGACUGAGUUGAGGUGGGUGGGAACCUUCAGAAACCAUCUCGUUCAACACCCGUAUUUUAAAGAUGAGGAAACUGAGGACCAGUCAGGGAAGGGACCUCUAGAGGUAUCGCUGUGCCUACUAAAUUCCUGCAAAGAAUGAAGAAUUCUGUUCUCUUCUGGGAUGGACUGGAUACCUCCAGGAAGGGAGACUAAAUGCUUUAAUAUUUGUUAGCUGCAACUCUCUACACACCCUGAACUGCUCCCCGUGGCUUCCGUGUUUUUCUUGCUCUUAAAUCUGUGGCCAGAAAGGCAGCCAGCGGUACUGUGUACCGUGUACUCACUGUUCUCUGAUUCCGAUCGCCAAUGAGGAUUUCUCUCUGAAUAAAUGUGAUGGGUGAAGAAUAGA